GCCCAAGUCUUUUAAAAACCCCCCCCACCCCGCCCUCACACCUCUGCAUAAUAGCAAGAAAAUUAAAUAUCGAUAGCCCCAACGCCAGCAACAAUGUCCUCGCUGGAAGGAGAGCUCCCAGACGUAAGAGCAUCAGAGCUCGCCACAAAAUCACUCGAGUACUUGCGAUCCGGCCAUCAAGAUGUAAGCCGUUUCUAUUCCUUCAAUAGCGGUUGCUUACAAUGCUUUUUCAGCUCUAAUAUGCCAUUGAAAUGAAAUUAGGAUGCCGUCAGAUCUCUUCGUGAGGCUCUAUCCCUCGCUCCGAAAAACGAGACUGUCCUCGCUGCCUUCCACAGCUUCCAGAAGGACCAGGCUGUUUGUCCCUUGUCAAAGCUUUGUCAGAAGUUGGUUGUCGAGAGUGAUGUGGCUGCUGGCGAGGAUGCGCUACGUUUGCUCGGGGACCCAAGCUUGAAUUUUCAUACCGCGACGGCUACAGAAGGUAUCGAGCUGUUAUUGGCGCAUGCGAAAAAUAUCCCUUUGCCCAUCGGCGGGAAGGUUCUGAGCGGGAUAUUGCGUUCCAGCAGGGGUGGAAGAGAACACAUGGCGGACUCUCUCGAUGAAAAUACAAAGGGGAUGUUUGGGACGCUUGCAGAGAUCGGAGGAGAAGCUAUUGAUGGGUUGGUGGUGACUUUGCUCGAUCCUGCUGCGUGGGAAUCGGAGGCAAAGAACAAGAAGUCGAUAAAGGAUUGUUUCAAGUUGUUUUUGGAAACACUCAAUACUGGAUCUGGCGAGAUCGAGGCGUGGUCUACUCGUUCUAUUUCCAGGCUGUUGGCCACACAUGCUACGGAGCUUCACUCGUUUAUUGGCCAGGCCUCGCUGGAGCGAAUCCUUUCCAUGCUCGACAUUCGAUCUCCCGAUGACUUGCGCUCUCAUGCUACACUUGCCGCUGCCAGAUUCGUUGAAACGGAUGAGAACACUGCAGGCAGUAUGUUGGGCAAUUUCCUUUCCUCGCGGCUCGCUGCCGACUCGGAUGACGAUUUGCAGAUUGCGUUCUCUGCUGCUGCCGCUAUUUUCCCGCUCGUGCCGAAGGUUGCCGCGGGGUUGCUCUUGACCGAAGGAUUUGUGGAGGGACUCGUGCCAUCCCUUCAGGGACGGCCUUCGGAGGUUGAGCAGGCGGUUUUGGAGAUGAUGAGUGCCGCUUGUGUCGAUAAGGCCUGUCGUGCUGCGAUCGCUAUACAUUGCGAGGCAUAUCUUGAAACCGUUAUUCGAGGUGAUGAAAACUUCAAAGGCAUUGCAUCUACGGUUUUGGCAAAAGUUCGUUAUGGAAACGAGGAUCCUGAAGUUGCACCGAAGGGCAUCGCCGAGCUUGCUGCUGUAUUCCGGGAGAUGAUGCUUAAGGACGAUGUCGGAUCAAGGAAUUCGGCUAUGGAAGGACUGGCCUAUGUUACCAUGAAGCCAUCUGUCAAGGAGUCACUGGUAAAGGAUAAGGAAUUUUUGCAAAGGAUUUUGGAGACUCUGAAGGAUUCGGUCGGGAGGUCAACCGUCAUGUACGGAGGCCUCACAGUGGUAGCCAACCUCACGGGCUAUUUGCCAUCAUUAUCGGAGGAACAGAAGAGAGUUGCUCAACUAAGGAAUUACGCAAAUUCCGCGCCGCAGGCUAACCUCGAGCCCGACCCGGCGGAUAAAGAUGAAAAGGUUACGAUGAGAUGCAAAGUCCUUUUGGAGGCAGGAGUCGUCCCUGUCCUGGUAGCUUGCAGUAAGAGGGUAUCCCCCGGCGCUGUCGCCAUUAUCUCUAGUGUAUUUCUGUCACUUUCAAAGAAUCAGAAGCAUCGGGGGCUAGUGGCUCAGCAAGGGGGUGUUAGGUUACUAUUGCAGUUCCACGCAUCAGUCACCGGUGACUCGGAACAGGAUCGGAAGGUUAGACUGUCGUCGUCUCACGCAUUGGCCCGGGUCUUGGUUUCUACAAAUCCAUCCCAUGUUUUCGGGUCGCAGCUGCCUAUCGCUUCAGCUGUGAGGCCACUUCUCGCCCUACUCGAAACCAGCGAAGAACAUAACGAUCUGCUACCUGUUUUUGAAUCCCUUCUCGCUCUCACUAAUCUCGCUUCGACCGAUGAUUCAACGCGGGAUUUGAUUAUCCGUAUUGGGUGGUCUAACAUUGAGGAAACGUUGCUUUCAAACAACAUCAUGGUUCAAAGAGCCACAAUGGAACUGCUAUGCAACCUCAUGGCUUCCCCUACAGGGGUUGCUAAGUUUGCUGAUGGAUCUAAAGCUGCGAGCAACCGGCUCCACGUGCUACUUGCGCUUGCGGACGCGGAGGAUUUGGCGACUCGGAGGGCUGCAGGUGGAGCAUUAGCUAUGCUGACAGAAUGGGACAAGGCCUGUGAGGCCAUCGUGAGAAGGGAGAAAGGUCUGGACAUCCUCCUCGGGAUGGCUGUUGAGGAAAACGAGGAAAUGAGGCAUAGGGGUGUUGCUUGUGUUAGGAACUUGGUCUGUCAAAAGCUAGAGUAUGCAGAAAGAUUCCGGAGAAAGGGUGCGAUCGAUCUGAUCAGGGACUCCCUUCGUGGGACUCGAAACCCCGAGGUCCUACAAGUUGGCGUGGAAGCGUUGAAAGCACUUAUGGAAGGGUAAAUUAUUUUUUCUAUUGUCCUCUGUUUUUCCCUCUUAUCAUAGAUUUUUUUUUUUGUUACUCGAUGGUUGGGGCUCGGGAGCGGAUUAGAUUGUGGGUGGCUUUAGAUUGUUGGGGCUGCAUUAAGCGGAGAGGGGGCAUGUGGUUUUGCGGAAGUUCCGUUUGCUUGUUUUUUCUCUUCAUUUCUUGAUAUGAUAUGACGCCCUUUCCCAUUUGCUCUUAGCAUACUUUGCAGUUGGGGACACUUGUUUGUGCUGUAUGGAAUGGUUAUGGGUACGGACAGCUGUGAUGGAGGUGAGAGGGGUUUGUCUUCGCUCUCAAUACUAUACCGUAUUAUCGUCUCGGUCAAAUCCAAAAUCGAUACCCCAGUUCCUCUCUUGA